AUGGUGACCGCCCGUGACCUAGACCUGACGUCACGUCACCUAGACGACAGCGAUAUCAACUCAGUCGGCGCCGAGGUGAUGUCCAGCGGCUCAACACCAUUUAAAGAAAAAAACAAGCCUGCUGCUCCCUCGGACGACACUCCAGCAGUCACUAGGACGUUAGAUGAAGAAGAGGGAACUACAGCGGAGCCUGAUGCCAGCAGUGUAUCGGGUUGUGCUAUUUGCAUCUCAACAAAAUCUACUGGCGUCUUAACUGAGAAAAGAAUUUCCAUAUCUGAGGAGUGGGCGAUGUUUAAGAUCCAGUCAUCAGGCUCAAGCAGACCAACAGCCCUGGCCUCCUUGAGAAACAAGAUCAGACAGCAUGAGAUGUCCAGGGCACACGAAAUAGCUCAGGAGCUCACUGAAAAGGGUGGACAGGAUUUACUUGGGAAUCUUGUGAGAGCUGUGUCAGACACUGUGUUAGCUGAGACAAAUGCUGUAUUCAGAACAGCAUAUUAUCUUGCCAAGAUGAACCGACCUUUCUCUGACCAUGACGAUCUCGUUGAACUUCAGGAAACAAACGGUGUCAACAUGGGCACAAGUCUGCACUCAAGGUUCAGUUCAACAAAAAUUGUGGAACACAUAGCAAAAAAGAUGCAGACAAAAAUAGUUGACAGCAUUGUGUCAUCUUCAAGCAAGCUGUCUGUUCUCAUUGAUGAGGCAAAUUCUCUCAGCCAUAAAUCAGCCAUGAUUGUCAAUGUGAAGGCCUCUUUAGAUGAAGAUACUCCUGAAUUUGUGUUUUUGGACCUGGUGGAGCUGGAAAGCUAGAGGGCAGAGUCUAUAGAGGAAGCGCUAUUAAACUGUUUGGACACUGCAGGCUUUAGUGAAGAGUGGCAUCAAAACAACUGGAUCUCAUUAGUUUCUGAUGGAGCCAGUUAGGCAAAAACUCUGGUGUGGCAACCAGGCUGACUACAAGGUACCCUAACCUCUUCACAUGACACUGUAUGAACCACCGUCUAGAACUGGCUGUAAAUGAUGCUGUGGAUGAGGUUCAGGCAGUCAACCCUUUCAAAGUUUUCAUGGACAAACUCCACAAUCUCUACAGUCAGUCCAAUAAAAAUUCACGGGAACUUAUGGAAGCAGCACAAGAAAUGGGCUCACAAGUCCUGAAGAUUGGCAGAGUUUUAUACACUCGAUGGGUUGCCAGCAGUUUCCGUUCUGUAAAGGCUGUGUGGAGGUCAUACGAAGCACUUAACAGACACUUUGAGAAUGCUGCAGGAGAUCAAACAAGAAACGGCAAAGAGAGGCAAACCUACAGAGGCCUGGCACGUUGUAUGCAUAGCAAGGAAUUUCUUUGUGACCUUGGACUCAUGUAUGAUGCACUAUCUGAACUUUCAAACCUGUCCCAGCAAUUGCAGGCCCAUUCAAUCACACUUUUAAGAGCAGAACAACUGCUGAAGCGCACCAUCCGGGUGCUGGCAUCAUUUAAAGAUUCUCCAGGAGAGAAAUUGGAGGAAACAUUGAAAGCACAGGCUUUGGGACAGUUUGGAUCAGUGUCCCUGGAGUCAAAUGCUAAGCUCAUGCCGAUCAAUACAAAGCAGUUCCUACAAAGUCUGAUCAACAACAUGGAGAAGCGGCUCUCAUUUAAGGAUGAAAUUCUACAUGAUCUCAGCAUUCUGGAUUCAAGCAGCUGGCCAUCAACACCUGGCAUACGGCACGGUGAGUCACAGGUAAAACGACUGUGCAGGUGAUUCAAUCUUUGUCAAGAACAAGUUGUCAAUGGAAUGAGAGAUUUCAUCGAGCACCCAGAGAGUGAACCUGAAUGCCUCAAACCACUCAUCCACUGCAUGCAGACCAUCCCUUGCAGCACUGCAGAGUGUGAAAGGGGCUUCAGUCUGAUGAAUAUUGUGUACACAGACCAAAGAUCUAGAAUGUUGUUGUCUAGUGUCAGCAAUUUGAUGAUGAUCAGCAUCAAUGGGCCCCCUGUAAGCCUUUUUGAGCCAAGCAAAUAUGUAUCAACAUGGUUACGAAGCCAUCGCUCUGCCACGCAAGCAAGAAGGCAGAGAACACCUCAGAUGCCUGAGUACAAGCAAAUUUGGAAAGUUUUGUAAACUAGCAGGCUACUACAUUUAAAGUGAAAAACAAAAUCCCUUUUAGUGGAAUACAAACACUUUUCCAUACCUGCUACAGUAGCAAGUAUGGAAAAGUGUUCGUAUUCCACUAAAUAUCCCUCAUGUAACUGUGUUUUCACCUUUGUUUGUUACUUUUUUACAAUGAAGGGAUUGUGGUGUUUGUUUUAUUUUGCAUGGGUCAUGCGCUGGUCGUUUUUGCGGAUGUACUGUUUUUCUUCUCUGUUAAACACUGAACAGAUGUUAUUUGCAUAGGACUUACUGUGAUUGAAAACGUGUAUUUUGUGAUGCUGUGUGAUUGCUGUAUUAAGUAUGAGUGUGAGACGUCUUAGAACAGUUGCUGAUAUGUUUUAUAUAUUUUAAUUUAUUAUUUAAGUAUUUUUGUAUGGGAAACAUAAUUCUAAAGAACAUGUUUUUAUUUUGUAUUUUUGUAUUUAUUGUUUCUUAUAUAUGGUAUUUUAUUUUAUUGAGUUGUAAUUGUUUCUGACAAAUGACUAACUCUGUUUUUUAUUGUCUCAAAACUCUAAGCAGAGCAUGCAACAGCAGCAGCAAUAAAUGUCCUGUGCAAAAGACUCAAGUAUCCCGUCGUCUCCUUAGCACAUUAGUACUGAGGCCAGGCCGGUUACAUAUACAGUAGUACAGUGGUUAUAUAGCCAACAGUUAUUUAUUUAUUGAUGCUUUAUAGUUUAUUUGAUGCUAGUGCCUAAUGGUGAUUUUACUUUGACUGUUUAUUGUCCUAGAAACUGAUGACAAUAUCGAGUGUUGAAUGAUCUCAAUUACUUAUGGUGAUUGUAGGCUACUGUAUGCGACAGUGAGUGUGGCGGUGUUUAUAGGACGGGUGUGGAAGAGGCUAGGAGGGAAUCAUCACAGUAUACC